AUGUCUUACCCUACGAUUGCCCCGUCGACACAGGCGCCCACGCCGCCAUCUUCAACAGAUGCUUUUCACAGCGAUCGGUAUAAGAAUGGAAAACAGAAGAAAGCGCGAAAGCCCCCGGCGAAGCUGCCAGUCAAGCCAGUGGUGCAGAGCAACCCUACCCCCAUCAAAAAAGGGGAGAGGUUACAUAAGAGAUCCCGGUCAGGUUGCUUCACCUGUCGACUCCGCAGAAAGAAGUGUGACGAAGGAAAGCCUACCUGCAAUGCAUGCAAAAACCUCAAGUUGAAAUGCGAAUAUCGGCGUCCAAUGUGGUGGGGGAACAAUGACCUGCGGAAAAACCACAAGGAGCUCAUCAAGGAAGUUAUCAAGAACACCAAGAUGAGCGAACGGGGUGCGCCCUCCAACUUGAGACUAGGACCAUGCCAGUAUACGCCCCCGGCCCUAUCACACACAGCCUCUACCCCAGAAGCCUUCACAGACUGCCCCGUCGAGACCCGCGGUUCCUCUCAAGAACCACAAUACUCGCUCGAGCGCGACCUUGCACAAUGCCACGCACAGGACCCGUUCGAUGCUUUCGCCGCCCAGUUCGAUACGCCGCUGUUCGACUCCGCCUCGUGCUGGGUGUCCGCGACUCCGUACGAAGUCGACAUCACGACCGAAAGCGAGGUGUACAUCAACGACGUGCCGACUCGCCGGGACUCCAGCACGUCGUCGUUCAGCACGUUUCGCCCGCCGCUGCCGCACAAGAUGCUUCCGUCGAUCGUGAGUGACGAGUGGGCGCAGCAGGAGUUCCUGGAGGGCCGUCGCGAGUCGUUCUCGGCGCUCAAGGAAUUUGCGGACUAUAGUCCGUUUGAGUUCGCACAUGCCCCCGUGCAUGUGUCGACCAUUCACAUCGAGGACCGGGACCGGCCCCUGCUGGACCACUUCUUCGACAAGGUCGUGCGUUUGAUUUUUCCGAUUCUGGAGGCGAAGCGUCCCGGUGCCGUGCGCUCGGAAGUUAUCUUGCCCGCAGUGGAGGCGAAUAAGUGCUUCCUGCAUUGCUGUUUGAGUAGCACUGGCGUGCACCUGAAGGGUACGCAGGAGAUGGACAGUGAGACCAUCGAUAAUGAUAUCCUGAGGCAUCGGUACCAGACCGUCUCGGAGCUAUGCAAGGCGCUGAAUGAGGACACAGACCAUGUGAACAUCCUUGAAGCCACUCUGGCCAUGAUCUUCUUUCAGUGCGCCGUUGGCAGGCCGAAAGAUGCCCUCCCUGAUAUCCCUUGGCAUCAACAUUUCCAGGCCGUGAUCAGUCUCGUUCACAAACUCGAUCUUUCCCGUCGGUUAGUCGAGGCCGACCAGGUCAAUAUUAACCCACCAUUUAAUAUGAGUCUGGCCUCCUGGAUUGAUAUCCUCGGGUCGACAAUGCUCGGCCAAAUGCCCCAGUUCGCACAUACCUACCGAACCAAACUCUUCAACGGAACUAGUUCAGGCCUCUGCGACCUCAUGGGCUGCGACGACAAGAUCAUGUACCUAAUCGCCGAGAUUUCCUGCCUCGAUGCCCUCAAGACCGAAAACAGAAUCGACCACAUCGGCCUCUGCGGCCACAUCACCACGCUCGCCAAGCAGCUCGACCAGGCCGAACCCCAACCAGACUCGCUGAUCGACCCCUGCGCCGACGGAACCUUCCAGCCGCGCCAGCUCACGCAGAACAUGACUGCGCUCUUCUGCAUCGCCGCCCGCAUCUACCUCUGCAGCCUAGUCCCGGGCUUCCAGCGCAGCCAGCCCAGCACGCUCAACCUCAUCUCGCGCGCCGGCGAGCUCCUGGACCUCAUCCCCGGCGGCCCGGACGGCUUCGACCGCUCGCUCGUCUGGCCGCUGCUGAUCUGCGGGUCGUAUUCGCUGCCCGAGAGCUCGUUCCGCGCCGUGCUGCGGAAGCGCGUGGAGAACUUGGGUGACCAGGCUGAGAUCGGCAGCUUUGGCCGCAUGCUGUGUCUGCUGCAGGAGGUCUGGCGCGAGGCGGAUGACGUCCUGCCGGCGAUGGUUAAGAGUGAAGAUGGCCAGGGGAUGAUGGACGGUGUUGGUGUUCAGGGGCACACUGUGCAUUGGCGGAGCGUAAUGCAGCAAAACGGAUGGGAUUUCUUGCUUAUCUGA